GGAAUUAAAUCAUCGCAAGCUCGGCCUGGAUGCCUUCCUUUCUUCACAGAACAACGUGAUAGACGACCUUUUGUUGCCUUUCCGAAACGACCAGGCCAAGACUCUCUGUGAGCUCUGGGCGAUGGCUUACCACCGGAUGAGGGCCACGGAGCACGACAAGUUCAUGCCGAGGUCCAUAGCAGGCGAGUGGAAGAAGCUCGGAUGCGACAAGAAGCUGAAGGAGGGAUCGUGGGGGAGCGAGGAGGAGGAGGAAGAUAAGCUGAAGAAGAAGAAGGCGAAGCUCUCGCGUCUGGCACAUGGGGAUCAGUCCGCUGCCAUGCUCACUCGCUACCCCAAGCUCUACGGCAAGCAAGCAGAGGAGCUUGUCGCGUCCAACUGGGAUGACUUCGCCAACGGGUCGCUGGCAGCAGGAGCUGAAUACCGUCCGCUGCCUCCUGACCUGAUUAUCAAAGUCCUCACCUUCGCUCGCCCCUCCUCUCUCCUCCGCCUCCUCCGCUCCCUCGACCUCGCCAACUACUCGCCAGACCGUGCAGACCUCGAGAUCUGGAUAGAUGGGCCGAGCGGGGGGAGCAGAGACGAGGAGAGGAAGAAGACUCUGCAGGUGGCAGAGGAGUUCAGUUGGCGACACGGCAAGAAGACGCUUGAAGUCAGGGACAAGAACGUCGGGCUGGUGGGUCAGUGGCUGGGCUGCUGGCAACCCGAGGAAGGAGCGCGUCUUUUUGAGAGCAUAGUUGUGAUCUUCGAAGAUGACAUGGAGGUUUCUCCUGUCUACUGGCGAUGGCUCAAGAGCAUGUGGCCGAGAUACAGGCGCGCACUGGCGAGAAGGCAGGAUCUCAUAGGCAUCUCCUUGCAGACGCAGCAUCUUGUAGCCUCGGACGGACGAGACAACUUGAGGAUCGACAACGAGUACGAGCCCUUCCUCUACAAGGUCCCCGGCUCGUGGGGUUUCUCUCCGCAUCCUCGAACGUGGCGGCUGUUCUUGCGAUGGCAGCAGGCGAAGUCGGCGACAGGGUACGAGCCGGACGACCUCAAGUUCAGGGGAGGUGACGUCAUCACAUCCAAGUGGUGGAAAGACAUCAAGAGGAGCGGGAAAUCUCCGCGUAUGUGGACCGCCUGGUGCAUGCGGUUCAUGGAGGAUGAGGGGCUUUUCGGCAUGUACCCCAACCUGCCCGGUCGAAGAGCCUUCACUGCGACGUGGAGCGAGCCGGGGGAGCAUGAUGCCGGGCACAUGGGAGGACGCCUCUCGGGCCCCCUCCAGCGAGUCUGGGAUGCAACGUGUGAGAAGUUCCCUGAGAGCCCCUGGAGGAUCGACUUUGACGGCUCGCGCAUCACCUCCCCGCCGCCUCCUCUCCGUCCCCGCCAGUGCGACCUGAGAGGGGUCAACGUGAUCUUCGACGGCUACAUCUACCACCUCACCAACGGGCGGCUGGACGGAGGAGUAGCGAAGAUGUGGCACGAGAUCGUUCCCUUCAUGAUCAAGGCCGUCACUCAGCAUGGCGGCGACUUCACGCACUGCGCCUACUCGGACCACGUCCUCUUCUCGGGGGUGAAGAAUCUCAACUGCCACUCGCUGCAGCGGGUGAAGGAGCUGCCGGGGGAGCACAAGGUUCUGUUUAGCUCCUACUACCAGGGCUCUCCCGACGCAUGUUUCAUCCACAUGGUCUACGAUCACAUCCCCGAGCGCACCGGCAUGGAUGCAGGUCCUGGCUCCGAGUACUGGCCGAGGAUCGACAACCUCCGACACGCAGGCGGCUUCCUCUCCAUCUCCAAGAGCACGACCGACGACCUCUGCGAGCUUUACGGCAUGUGCGAGAGGAAACUCGUGGCCACCUCCGACAACCGUGCGGCCCCGAUCUUCAAGCCGGCGAGCAAGGAGGAGGAGGAAGACUUUCGGGCGAGGUACGACCUGAGGAAGCCCUACAUCCUCAUCGUUGGGAAGCGAUACGGAUACAAGAACUACGACGUGUUCUGGGAGGGGCUCGAGGCGAUGCCGCAGAGCUUUCGCUCCAAGUACAUGGUCUUGCUGGUGGGACUACCAGAGGAGAAAGACCAUGGCAUCGAGGUCAAGGACGUCAAGAUGAUCCCCGAGAAGGACAUGCCCACCCUCUACUCCGCCAGCGCUGUCUUCGUCUACACCUCCAGCUACGAGGGCUUCGGCAUGCCUCCUGUCGAGGCUGCCGCGUGCGGAGCUCAGCUGAUCCUCGGGCCCUUCCAUCGCCACAGGAUGCACCAAGUCUUCGGGGACCUCGCGCAGUACGCGGAGACCUCGGAGGAGAUGGUUGCAGCCCUCACCAACAUCGACACCGGCCGCGUGCCCGCUAGCUCAGCCCUCGUAGACCGGGCGAAGCUGUACGGGACGGACCCGCGCCAUGGCUGGAACGAGGUAGCCAAGGACUACCUCGAGUACAUGAUCCACGGGCCCUUCCGCACCCACACGCUCGGAGGAAGAAACUGCCAGCCGCUGGUGCUCGACCCGGACGACUGUCGCUUCGAGACGACACCGCAUGGCCUCAAGCUCGCGUCCUAG